UCGAACAAAAAAAAAACAAAUAGAAACAAAAUUUGAUUUUUGAUUGGUAUCAGAAAUUCGCAGCGAAGCAGAGCUCUCUUUGUCUCUCUCGAUUGAUCUAAAAAAUAUCCCUAAUCUCGGUUCGUCCAAGAGAUUGACAAAGUCCAUAGCUUCGUCUAAGUGACAAGGGGGAUGCCUCUUAUUCACCGGAAAAAGCCACAGACGCCGCCAUCUGAAGAGGUGGUGAACGCCGAUGAGGAUUCCCAGAAGAAACCACCUCAUGAAUCUUCUUCUUCUUCGAAAACCCAUAAGAAAUCUAACGGAGGAGGGAAGUGGUCAUGUGUCGAUUCAUGUUGUUGGUUCAUUGGCUGUGUGUGUGUCACAUGGUGGUUUCUCCUCUUUCUUUACAACGCAAUGCCUGCGAGCUUUCCUCAGUAUGUAACGGAGCGAAUCACGGGUCCUUUACCCGACCCGCCUGGUGUGAAGCUUAAGAAAGAAGGUCUUAAGGCGCAGCAUCCCGUUGUGUUCAUCCCUGGGAUUGUUACUGGUGGGCUUGAGCUUUGGGAAGGUAAACAGUGCGCUGAUGGGUUGUUUAGAAAACGUUUGUGGGGAGGUACUUUUGGUGAAGUCUAUAAAAGGCCUCUAUGUUGGGUGGAACACAUGUCACUUGACAAUGAAACUGGGUUGGAUCCUGAAGGUAUUAGAGUGAGAGCUGUAUCAGGACUCGUUGCUGCUGACUACUUUGCUCCUGGCUACUUUGUCUGGGCUGUGCUGAUUGCUAACCUUGCACAUAUUGGAUAUGAAGAAAAAAACAUGUAUAUGGCUGCUUAUGACUGGAGGCUUUCGUUUCAGAACACUGAGGUGCGUGACCAGACUCUCAGCCGUAUGAAAAGUAAUAUAGAGUUGAUGGUUUCUACCAACGGUGGAAAAAAAGCAGUUAUUGUUCCGCAUUCCAUGGGGGUCCUGUAUUUUCUACAUUUUAUGAAAUGGGUUGAGGAGCCAGCUCCAAUGGGUGGUGGGGGUGGGCCAAAUUGGUGUGCGAAAUAUAUAAAGGCUGUAAUGAACAUUGGUGGACCGUUUCUUGGUGUUCCAAAAGCUGUUUCUGGGCUUUUCUCUGCUGAAGCAAAGGAUGUCGCAGUUGCCAGAGCGAUUGCUCCAGGGUUCUUAGACACCGAUAUAUUUAGACUUCAGACCUUGCAGCAUAUAAUGAGAAUGACACGCACAUGGGACUCAACAAUGUCUAUGUUACCGAAGGGAGGUGACACAAUAUGGGGCGGUCUUGAUUGGUCGCCGGAGAAAGGCCACACCUGCUGCGGGAAAAAGCAAAAGAGAAACGAGACUUGUGGUGAAGCAGGUGAAAAUGGAGUUUCCAAGAUAAAGCCUGUGAACUAUGGAAGGAUGAUAUCUUUUGGGAAAGAUAUAGCAGAGGCUGCAUCAUCUGAGAUUAAUAAUAUUGAUUUUCGGGGUGCGGUCAAAGGUCAGAGUUUCCCAAAUCACACCUGUCGUGACGUGUGGACAGAGUACCAUGAUAUGGGAAUUGCAGGGAUCAAAGCUAUUGCUGAGUAUAAGGUCUACACUGCUGAUGCAGUUAUAGAUCUACUACAUUAUGUUGCUCCUAAGAUGAUGGCGCGUGGUUCCGCUCAUUUCUCUUAUGGAAUUGCUGAUGAUUUGGAUGACCCCAAGUAUAAAGAUCCCAAAUAUUGGUCAAAUCCGUUGGAGACAAAAUUACCCAAUGCUCCUGAAAUGGAAAUCUUCUCAUUGUACGGAGUUGGGAUACCAACAGAACGAGCAUACGUAUACAAGCUUAACCAGUCACCUGACAGUUGCAUCCCUUUUCAGAUCUUCACUUCUGCUCACGAGGAGGACGAAGAUAGCUGUCUGAAAGCAGGGGUUUACAAUGUGGAUGGGGAUGAAACAGUACCGGUCCUAAGUUCCGGGUACAUGUGUGCCAAAGCAUGGCGUGGCAAGACAAGAUUCAACCCUUCGGGAAUCAAGACUUACGUUAGAGAAUACAAUCACUCUCCGCCUGCGAACCUGCUGGAAGGGCGGGGAACACAGAGUGGAGCUCAUGUCGAUAUAAUGGGAAACUUUGCGUUGAUAGAGGAUAUCAUGAGGGUUGCCGCAGGAGGUAACGGAUCUGAUAUAGGACAUGACCAGGUCUACUCUGGCAUAUAUGAAUGGUCCGACCGAAUAGACCUGAAGCUGUGAAUAUCCUCAUCUCUUAAAAAAGCAGUCAGCAUUUGUGAAUCCAAUACUUUCAAGAGAGAUCAUCAUCAUCAUCAACAACAUCAACAACACCAUGAUGCUCACAAGUCAGAAGAAGACUGAGAAUGAUAAUUUGGUGAUGAAGUAUCCUCAAUACGUUUCAUUAUAUUCUUAUUGAUGUAAAUUAUACAAUCCUCCUAUUUGAUGGUUUGGUCCCUCAGAAACGAUGAUAAUACGAAACUUGCUUCGCCAUGUUAUUUUUAUCAUGUUGAAAGCAUCAAUUUAUGGGUUACACA